GCCAAUGAAAACAGAGCGGCAAGCAGCCGAGAACCGGCGUGUUGUGGAGAAUGAAUCCGAGCAUAACCUGUCCUGUUCUCUGAAUUGCUACUCAAUUUUAGACUGUUGUACUGCUCCAAGCUGCUCUUUAUUCAGUCACAGAAAGAGGUUGCAGUUGUUUCCUCUGUCCGUGUUCUGGCACGAGAAAAGUGUUUUCAACACCUGUCGCAGAACUGUUCACUGUUGUUACGAAAAACAGAAACUAGCCGAACAACUGGCUUGCAGUGUGCAAAUCUUUUAUACUUUUGUUUCAGUGAUGGAACUACAGUGUGACAUUUGCUUCAAUCCAUUUGAUCUGGACCACCACCGUCCAAAGAACUUGCCUUGCGGACACAGUAUCUGCGUUGAAUGUGUGCAGAAUCCGGCUUUGGGGGGGAAGUGUCCAGUUUGCAGGAAGGACCUGAACGCUGACCCCGCCGACAUCCCGGACAGCAUCCUAGCGAUCCGCCUGAUAGAACACAACGGCGUUCCUCCUCGCAAGAAUCCCAGGACAGAGGAAACAGAGGUCCAGCAGCUGCGGCAGGGCGUGGAGGCAGGGCGGAAAGUGGUGGAGGUGCUGGUGCUGCGGCUGGUGGUGCCCCGGGCCGUGGAGGCCCUCAACCGUCAGCUGGACUCGUCGGUCGCCCAGCUCCGCCAGGUGGAGGAGGCCCUGGAGAGGCAGGUGCAGCGGGGGGCGGCGGGCGGUGAGGGCAGCGCCCCGGUGGGGGAGCAGCUGCACCUGGCGGUGCAGCUGGAGGACAACCUGCGCCCGCUCACGGCCAAGAAGUGUAGCGUCGUGGCGGAGGAGGAGGACGGCGCCACCUGGAGGGCUUGCGCGGAGCUCGGAGGGUUUGGCGACAUCCUGAGGCUUCUGCUGCUGCCGCUGCGGGCGGACGGCCAGCUGGAGAAGGUCGACGUCGCCCCUUGUUUUGUCCAACCAGGAGAUUUCGUGGGACCGCCAAUCAUCUCUGUUCUACGGACAACUGAAAAUGAUUUUAAAGAUGGCCGCCUAAAGAUUAAUGACAUUCUUCAAGACAGACAACGAUGGAGGCACACACGCAGCCUCAAGAUUUUUCACGGCGCUGCUGGUCUGGAGGAGCUGCUGAGCGUCGUUGCUCCACACCUGGAGGAGCUGGUGAUCGGGAAGCCGGUGCAACCGAGCGUGAUGGUGGAGGUGGAAAAAAUGAAGUCCAUCAAAAGACUGGGCGUAACAUGCGAAUCAGACUUGGACUACCCGGACCUUCCCUUGCAGCUCGAGGAGCUCGGGAUGUGGCAUCCAGGAGAAAACCAGUUACGGUGUGUUGAGCGGAUGGCCCGGCUGCGCAGCCUGCAGGUGAUAGACUACCUUGGUCCGGAAAUGAACUUUGCUCCCUCGUAGCAUGGGGCCCUGCGGUGGCUCAGCUUGUGCUUCUGCGUAACUCGCAAGAACACCAUGCUGUCGCUGAUCCGCGCCUACGCCUCAUCAGCGCAGGAGCUCCAGAUAUUCUGUAGCGUCAGUGAGGAUUAUGAUAAUAAAUCCUCCUACUUCCCCGAUCUCGGCGAGGAGCUGGCGGCGUGCGGCCUGCUUGCACUGCGACGGCUCGUCCUCGAACGUCCACCAGACGACCCUUGCUCGGACCAUGUCGCGGGCUGCCUGCUGCAGUGUCGGACCAUCGGCAGCUACCUGCCUUCUCACGUUCAAGUGGUCUGCGAAAUGUGUUACAUAUCUGUGCUCUAGGGGUGGCUGCGUGAAGUGAACUUCUUACCUGUUUUUUUAACGUUAGGGUGCCUAAAAUGGCGAGCAAACGUUUACCAUGUCGUUCGUUAUGCAUACCGUCUUGAAUUUAUCCUUUUGUACAAAUGAUCUAAAAAAGUAAUGCCCAUUUUGGAAACUACUUUUUCCGGGUGGUUCUAAUGUUUAACUUUGUGAUUCUCAAAAAUAAAGGGAGUACUACUGUAAA